AGAGGCAGAGUCGAGUCGCUUCACGAACAACCAUGGAAGAAACAUACAGCACGUGCCCAUCCCUGUUCAAUUCUGAUCUAUUCUCUGGUAAUUGAGCGGCACGAGCUAGGGCUACGUAUAUCCUUCUCCUCAGGCAGACUAGCCAUGCAGGACAAAGUUUUGUGCUCCCAUUUAAGGCCUGUUCAGCGUACUGGUAUAGUACACACAGAAGAGUAAAGGUUUCGCCAACGGCGUGUGUUGCACACUCUGUGCAAGGCAGGCUGCACGUUGCCCAGUGCGACCAAGUCGGGCCCAUCGCUCCUUCCUUCUCUAAACAGUGUCGCACCUUCCUAGAUAGCGACCAAUGCCAGGUCCACGAGCCAGGUGCGGCCAAUGCUGAUAGCUACCUGGUACCUUCCCAUCCUGGCGCAGACUCUAAUGCCUGGCCAUAUACAGCGGAUCUCUCGUCAUGUUGCUCACAAUCUGAGCCCUAACGGUACUAGGUGCCUCACUGAAGAAUCUCUCUUAUAGAGCACCUAUAGCGUGGCGACGCCACGCCCUGCGUCUCAUCGGUUGCGCAUCACCGACACCACAAGUACUCUACUAUUUGGACAGGAAACACCAUAGGAAUAGAGCACGGGUCGUAAAGAAUGCUAGAUGGCAAGCGCUGUCUACUACGCAGUCUACACAAGUGAACGGUAUAGUGAUCGCUCUCCUACUACGCCACCAGAUCCGAGACUUCGAGACGUCCGCACAUCGCUCCGAGGUGACAUGGGUAUGGGACCGACAACUAUGACCCAAGCAUUAUUUUGUGAUGCUCUUUGUGCUGGCUGGUAUGUUCAUCGCCAUCUGAUGACUCUGAGCAUUGAGUAUCCGUUGUCGUUGAUGGAGACAGGGGUACGCAGCCCGGAUGUAUGUACUCCCUUUUCGACGCCAACUAUUGUUCGAUAUUGUGGGUCCUAGCUCGAUGGAUUUGACAGCUUCGUUGAUCCCUUCCCCAGCGGCCGGCCCGGUGCAUAGAAUACGGGUUGCCGAGUUGAAGUGGCUGUGCUCAACACAGCGUGUAAACGGCGGUGGUCGAGGCAAUUUAUAAUCCGUUUUAAAAGUCUCCGAGGUCCUCGAAGCCUGUAAGCAAAGCAGGCGCCCGGCACCGAAAUGAGCUCCAAAAAAAGAUGCCGAACACCCGGACGGGAUCCGCCUGCGGGCCUGCGACUCGGGAUGGACCCAGCUCGGAACCCACAAAUUAUCGGCUUGCGGCUGCAGAUUCGCCAUUGCAGUCUUAGCAUCUGCGGAACCAGGUGUUGGAAAAGUCUUGUUUCAAGUUUGCACCUUUGGGCGCGGAAUUCCCCCGCUGAUAAGAUAGACACAGGUGCACUUUGUGGGUUCAGGGUUGUGUUGCUGCUGGGUCGCGAUGGCGAAUCCGACCCACAGGGCCACAGAGAAAGGGAAAAUUCAGACCCGCUCCACGGCGCACGCUCGAGCUGCCUAUUUAGCUGUUUCAAUUCCCAAUGGCGCCUGAAGCUGCGACUCUACGUCAGUGCGCGCUUCCCGCGAAGGACCUCACAUCCCACCCGAAGGAUGUCUCCCGAAAAGACCGGAGAUGACAGCUCCGGCUUCGAUGCCGAGUCGGGCCUUGUUCCGAUUCCCGAGGGACACGAGGAUGUUGAGCUCGAGCUCGAGCGGAUCAAUACGUUUCGGCUUCAGCAGCAGGAGACCAUCGGGUCGAUGCGCAGCCGCGUACCGCGCGAGCAGUGGUUGCCCCUUGGUGCUGGGAAACCGCAUCCGCCUGAAUUACCUGAUGUUGAGGGGUAUAUCGUCGAGUUCGAGGGGUCAGAUGAUCCCAUGCAUCCGCAGAAUUGGCCCAUGAAGAGGCGGGUGAUUCUGGGAAGUAUACUCACCUUCGCUGCACUGGUAGCCGCCUACGCCAGCGCCGUCUUCGGCACCGCCACUCCCGGCGUGAUGAGCGAAUUUGGAUUCGGCAAGGAGGUCGCAGCUCUCGGGACGACCCUAUACGUCCUCGGAUUCUCUGCCGGACCGACCAUCUGGGCGCCUCUAUCAGAACUCAUCGGGCGUCGAUGGCCGCUAUUGAUCGGGACCCUCGGGUUCGAUAUUUUCAUCCUGGCCACUGCUACAGCAAAGGAUACGCAGACGCUUAUGAUCACACGGUUCUUCUCGGGUCUGUUCGCUGCAAGUUUGAUUGCUUUGGUCCCGGCUAGUCUUUCCGAUAUCUUCAACAGCAGCCACCGUGGUAUUGCAAUUGCGGUGUAUACCAUGUCCGUCUUCCUAGGCCCGUACACUGCUCCAUUCAUUGGUGGAUUCACAGCAGAGAGCUACCUUGGCUGGAGAUGGACAUUCUAUAUGCCCGCGAUAGUCGGCUUCUUCGCACUCGCUCUGCUUCUAGUAUUCGCGCAGGAAACUUAUGCUCCCGUCAUUCUCGUGCAGAAAGCCGCCAUCCUUCGCCGCCAGACGCGCAACUGGGGUAUACAUGCUCGCCAGGAAGAACUCGAAAUCGACGUUCGCGAACUCAUCACGAAGAACUUUGCUCGUCCGUUCCGAAUCCUCUUUACCGAGCCCAUUGCGUUCCUUAUUACUCUAUACAUGUCGUUUAUCUACGGGCUGUGCUAUGCAAUGCUGCAGGCGUACCCACUUGUCUUCCAGGGCGUGCACGGGAUGGGACUAGGUCCAAGCGGGUUACCAUUUAUUGGAUUGAUCAUUGGCGAAGUUGCGGGUGCAGUCUUUGUCCUCUCGUUCUACGGCUCGUAUACGAGGAAGCUGGCCGCGAAUAACAACGUCCCGGUUCCGGAGUGGCGCCUGCCGCCGUGUAUUGCUGGCGGAAUCGCUUUUGCUGGAGGGCUAUUCUGGUUUGGCUGGACCGGCUAUACCUCCUCGAUCCACUGGAUGGCGCCCACAGCCUCCGGCGUGAUGGUCGGCUUCGGCCUGACAUCGAUCUUCAUGCAGGGCUUCAACUACCUCCUCGACUCGUAUCUAAAUUUUGCUGCCUCCGCCUUCGCCGCAAACACCAUGAUGCGCUCCAUGGUCGGCGCCUGCUUCCCGCUGUUCACUCGUCAAAUGUUCAAUAAUCUCGGGAUUCAGUGGGCGGGAACGCUUCUAGGCUGUAUUGCAGCUGUCAUGGUGCCUAUUCCCCUGCUGUUUCUGGUGUAUGGGCCGCGGCUGAGGUCAAUGAGUCGGUUGGCGCCGUAUGCGGAUAAGCAGGCGUGAUUCUAGACGUAGAAUUGAGGAUUGGGAAUGAGGGAAGUCGUAAAACUAUAUAUAGAAGGGCAGGAAUAAUAAACACUUAUCCGUGUCAUGGCUAAGCAUUUCCCCGCGAAUGAUUUACCCGGUUUACCCCAAGACCCCA